GGCGAGAGAAAGAAACACGCUCUCUCUCUCACACACACACUCACACACAUGCUGCUGCCUGUUUCACUCACACAACUCCACUUCACACUCCUUCAGCUCAGAAUACUGGAAUCACAUGGCCAGAGUGUGGGACAAGAACGAACACGGCAGCAGGAUCUAAAAUGCCAAUCUCUGAAAGAUAGAGGGAGCUUUUGUUAGAGGAAAGGGCGAUAAGAAUUCCCAAAAAGAAGCUGGACUCUUCAGAAAGCGACUUUGUAUACCAGCACACUUAUUCAAAAGCCUACAACACACAUACAGAACCAACAUGCUGCAGCAAAUCCUCACUGACAUGUACAUAGACCCUGAUGUACUAGAAGCCCUGAAUGAGGAACAGAAGAAGAUCUUGUUCUUCAAGAUGAGAGAGGAACAAGUCAGGCGCUGGAAGGAGAGGGAAGAGGUGGAUGGCAAGGAGGGGAUAAAAAAAGAAAAGCUCCGGCAAAAGAAAGGCCCUUGUAAAAAUGUGAGCUGGCGGCUGGGCAGUGACGGCGACGUGCAUGUGUGUAUUAUCGGAGAAUCGGAUGAUCUCAAAUCUCCAAAACUCAUCCUGUCUGAGCUGAGGGACAAGACAGCAGCCAACCCUAACAAUAUCCACAGAGCAAAAGCAGAAUCUGUGAAGAGCUUCUUGACCAAACCAGACAGAGCACAACAAAUCAGCACAGAACCAGGGAUCCAGCUACUGCUCAAGAAAGCAGAGGAGCUCAGCGAUUCUCCAACAGUCUCAGAUGAGUCCAAGCAGGACAGCGGUUCUGAUCAGUCGGCUGACGACAGCAGGGGCCCAACAGACGACUCGGACUCCGGCAGCGCGGAGGAGGACACGGGCGUUUACAGAUCACACACGAGCAACAGCGAGACAACAGUAGCAGACAGACUGAGAGAGAUUCGGCUGCACAGAGCAAUGAAAGAGCAGCUGUCAAUCAGCGGCCAGACACGCCCACUGGACACACCCACACCAGACAAAGGAGUGGUGAAAGUAAAUGAUAGCCUGACGAAUGGCAGUCGUGUGGCUCAGCUCAGGAAGACCUUCAACACCACAAGUGCCCCAUGUGUCAAACCACCGAUCCCCUGCAAGCCAGCUCACCUACUGACCUCCCCCUCUGUCAGAUAAACACAACACUGCCACUCUGCACACCUGAAAACAUUCUUGUGUAUUUAAAACCCUGCAAAAUGGACUAAAAAACUAGAAUAACUUGGACAUACCUGCACAUAUGAGCAGAUCCAGGUGUGGAUGCAGCUGGAGACAGACGCUGGACAGAAAUCAAACGCUCUUUAUGACCCAGCUCGCACCAGUACUCUUCAGUUUUCACAUUGUUUACAGGGGAACAUAUGUUCUACUGCCUUUAUGUGAUAUUGUUUAUUUCAUGUUUUUAUAUAAACUUUUUUUCCUUAAGUGGAGAAAAACCAAAGUUAAUGUUUUUUUGUUUGUUUGUUUUUUUAGAAAAUGGCUCAUCUUUUUUCUGGCUGUAAAUAAUGGUGUUAUAUUGUAUAAAAUAAAAUGGUUUUAACUGGU